UUCCUGUGUAUUUGUUUUGUAUUUUUGUAUUUUGAAUUCUCCCGAUUUUUCAGAUUUCAAUUCUUAUUUUCGACACGAUCGGUCGUUAUUACAAGACAAUAACAAGAAAACUAAUGUUUUAAUUAUCUGAGAGUAUUUUUGGAGUGUAUAGUUUGAAAUGUCAAAAGUGUUGGCAUAAAGCUUCAAGGAUUAGAUCAAGAAAUAACAUGGAAUGAGUCUAUGAUUCGAAAUGGAGAUGCUAAGGAGCUGAACAUGCCACCACAAGAUUUCAAUAAGCGACAUGGAAAUGUUUCUGUUCAUUGGUUCCGGCAUGGUCUUCGUCUUCAUGACAACCCAUCCCUCUUGGAAGCACUGAAGAAUUGUACGGAGUUCUAUCCUAUAUUUAUUUUUGAUGGAGAAGUUGCAGGUACCAAGCAUGUUGCAUUUAAUCGAAUGCGGUUUUUAAUCGAAAGCCUGGAAGAUCUGGAUAGGAAUUUGAGAAAAUUUGGUGGUCGACUGUAUGUUUUCCAUGGCAAGCCUGUGGACAUUCUGACCAAUCUAUUCAAGGAAUGGGGUGUGACAAAGCUAACAUUUGAGCAGGACCCUGAAGCAGUAUGGAAACAAAGGGAUGAUGCUGUAAAAGAACUUUGUGAUAAAAAGGAAAUAGAAUGUGUUGAGAGAGUAUCUCAUACCCUUUAUGAACCAAUGAAAAUCAUAGAAAAGAAUGAUGGCAUGCCACCUUUAACCUACAGUCUAUUUAAUUUGGUGGCAUCAACCCUUGGUGCUCCUCCUCGACCUGUGUCUUACCCAGUGUUCCAUAAUAUUGAUCUUCCUGUAUUCCCUGACCAUGAGAAGAAGUUUGGUAUCCCAAAACCUCAAACAGUGGGUGUGUUUCCUGAUUGUAAGGAACAGAACAACAGGAUCAAUGAAUGGAAAGGUGGAGAAACCAAAGCUCUAGACUUGUUAGAAAAACGACUUGCCAUAGAGAAAAAGGCAUACGAAGAUGGAUAUGUGUUACCAAACCAGUACAGUCCUGAUCUGCUGGGAGAACCAAUGAGUAUGAGUGCCCAUUUGAGAUUUGGUUGCUUGUCUGUCAGGAGGUUCCACUGGACCAUUCAUGACUUGUUUGAAAAGGUCAAGCCAAAAGAAAGUAAGCCAGAUGCCUUGACAUGCCAACUGAUUUGGAGAGAGUACUUUUAUGUGAUGUCAGCCAACAAUAUAAACUACGAUAAGAUGGAAGGAAACCCUAUAUGUCUAAACAUUCCAUGGUAUAGAAAUGAUGAAAUUUUGAAAAAGUGGGAAAUGGGUCAGACUGGUUACCCAUGGAUUGAUGCUAUAAUGAACCAGUUGAGACAUGAAGGCUGGAUCCAUCAUGUUGGUAGACAUGCUGUAGCCUGCUUCUUGACCAGAGGAGAUUUAUGGAUCAGUUGGGUAGAUGGUUUAAAGAUUUUCCUGAAAUACUUAAUUGAUGCUGAUUGGUCAGUUUCUGCUGGGAAUUGGAUGUGGGUGUCCAGUUCAGCAUUUGAGAAGGUCCUACAAUGUCCCAAGUGUUUCUGCCCAGUUGGAUAUGGUCGUAGAAUGGAUAGGACAGGAGAGUACAUCAGACGAUACUUGCCCGUGUUGAAGGAUAUGCCUUUGAGGUAUUUGUUUGAACCAUGGAAGGCUCCAUUAGCAGUGCAACAGAAGGCUCAUUGUAUUGUAGGGAAAGAUUAUCCACAUCCAAUUGUAAACCAUAAAGAGGCUUCAAAUGAAUGUGCUAGUGCCAUGAACAAGGUCAUUGAGAGUUUUAAAGGAAAAGAAGUACCACAUUGUGCACCUUCGGAUGACCUGGAAGUUAGAAGAUUUGUCUGUUUACCAGAUUUUGUGUCUACUGGUGGUAAAUGUACAGCGAACCAGCUCUGUCCUGGAAUAGAAAAUCUCUAGACAAUCUAGGAAUGUUGUGAAACUUCGGCAUUAGAAAGACAUAUGUUUAAUGAACUCUGGAAAUCUGUAAUGUAACAGUCACUGCCAAUGUUAUAUAUGUCAAUUGAUAUUGUAUAAUCAUGUCUGUCUAUCAUGUCUAUGGUUCUUAUAACAGCUGGUUUUAUAAGUCAAAUAAUGACUAGAUUUUGUCUUUGUUAUAGCAUGAGACCAGUGUAUUGUUAGAUUUGAUUUUAGUGAUCAAACUCAACAAGGUUGUUGCUCUACUUAGAAAUCAUCGUAUUGAAAAUGAGAAAUGUGUUCUUUUUUGAGUGAAAAUAUAUGGCUGGUUCAAUAAGUCAGAACAAUUUGCAUUUUUUAAUAUGGCACAUCAAUAGCUUCUAUACUUUUAUUAUCAUAUUGCUGUACUAACGAAAAAAUUUUAUAAUUAUAAGUUAUAACACCUCUUUGCACAUGAAUUAAAACAAUCAUUAUUCCUUUAAUAUUACUCAUUUGUAUAACAAAUUUAUUAUGAUAGGGAAGAUGUACAGGGUAAUAUAAUAAUAUCUUAAAAAUGGUUAAAUAUUAUCUAAAAGAAAAUAAACUAAAUAUGUGCCAAUUUGCUUAUCGUUAUAAACAAGAGUUCUACAUUAAAAGGACACCAUUGGAAAUAAGGUGAAAUGAUUUAAGGGCAAUCCUUUGAAAGAUAUCAAAUUAUAAGUGUAUUUAAAGGCUUAUUCAAAUAAUUUUAGCUAAUAUUUUUAUGUUUCAUAUUUUUAACCACACUUGUAAAUAUUUGAUAUCAUUCCAAAAUGAAUUUUACCUUUUACCUGAUAUGGUAUUUUGCUAAAAAAAAACUUAACAGGCCUUAGCCCUUUUGUUUUAUUAAUUUUCAAAUUAUGACUGGAUCUUCUGUUUAUCAUAGCAUUAUCAAGUAACCAAAGAUCUUGUUGAUGUACCUAAGGAAGAUUAUUAAGAUAUUUUUAUACCCUCGCUUUAAAAAUUGGGGGUAGACCGUUUUACCUCUGUCUGUCCGUCCGUCUUUCCGUCCAUCCAUCCAUCCAUCCAUCUGACUGUCCGUCCGUCUGUCCGUCCGUCCCAUGAAUAUUUUUCAUCGCAUUUUUCUCAGGAACUACAUCAUAAGGAUUUAUGAAAUUUGGUUUCAAGGUUUAUAUACCGGUAAGUCAGCUAUACCGUGUGAUGCGUUUUCAGAUUCAUCACUCAACAACUUCCUGUUUACAGAACACUUACAUCAUUUUACACAUGACAUCCAAGUAGUUGAAAAUUUUCGUCACAUUUAUCUCAGAAACUACAUUACAAAGAUUUCUGAAAUUUCGUUUCAGGGUUUAUAUGAGUCAGCUAUACUGUGUGAUGCGUUUUCAGAUUCAUCACUCAACAACUUCCUGUUUACCCAAAUAUUUGGGCGGGGGUAUCAUCAGUGAGCAGUAGCUCGCAGUUUCACUUGUUUAAUAUUAUAUUUGAUCUCAUUUUAUAAAAGUUUUCUAAACAAUUUUUCAUUGUCACUUCAUCAAUGUGAAAAUGUUUGUGUCUUAUUGCAAUUUAAGAAAACCAAGUUUUAUUUUUGUAAUACAAAUGUAUAGCAAUUAGGACAUCAUGAUGACUAUAUACUGUAGUAUUAUUUGCCAAACAGUCCAAAAUGUUUUAAAAAACUGAUUUGUUAAUGUUCUUUUUUUUAACCAAUUAUAGUGUCAUCUCAAGCUUGUCUUUAUUAUAUACUUUUGUCAACAAUGUAACAGGUCAAUCGGAAGUCCUUGCAUGAUUAUUGCUAUAGGGCAAUCAUUGGUCGACAUUCAUAGAAAACAAACACUGUAAAAAAAACAAAAAAAACAAUGUAAUGAGAUAUUUAGGACAGUGGAAUCUAGAAAUUCCAUCACUUUCAGAUUUUUUGUUUGUUCAUAUCAAAUAAGUAUACAUCUUUUGUAAGACAUAAGAACUAGUAAUAUAGCAUGCAGCUGCACAUCAAGAAAAAGGUCAGUAAUCAGAGAAGAACGAGUCAAUUCAAUCUAUUUUUAAUGCAAUAACAAUGGUUUAUAUGAACAUCAAGAUUUAUUUCUCUGGUGCUGUGUGAUGAAGGAUCCUCUAAACUUUGAUUAAGGUACUUUUAGUAUGCAAGUAGGUUUGCAACCAGAUUAUAAUUGUAGAUCAGUAUGACCUACUUAGCAUGCAUUACUGGUUUUGCCCACUUUGAUAUCAAAGUUCAUUCAGUUAUUAAUUUGGUGAAGUAUGGCGUUGGUGGGCGGAGGGCGGGCGGCUACCAGGAGUUUCAGUGCAAUAACUUAUGAACCGUUCAACCAAUGCCUUUCAAAUUUUAAUAUUUUGUUAGUGAUUACAAAAUGGAGGUCAUGUUCAAUAUUGAUGAUUUUCACUUUUAUGGUUCAGGAGUUAUGGUCCUUGAUAUAUUUUGAAAUUGCACUUUAUGUCGUUUCUGUGUAAUAAUCUAUGAACCGCUCAACCAAUGCCUUUCAAAUCUAAUAUGUUGUUAGUGAUUACAAAAUGGAGGUCAUGUUCAAUAUUGAUGAUUUCACUUUUAUGGUUCAGGAGUUAUGGUCCUUGAUAUAUUUUGAAAUUGCACUUUAUGUCGUUUCUGUGUAAUAAUCUAUCAAACCGUUCAACCAAUGCUUUUCAAAUUUAAUAUGUUGUUAGUGAUUACAAAAUGGAGGUCAAGUUUGAUAUUGACAAUUUUCACUUUUGCCGUUCAGGAGUUAUGGUCCUUGAUAGAUUUUAAAAUUGCACUUUAUGUUGUUCCCGUGUAAUAAUCUAUGAACCGUUCAACCAAUGCUCUUCAAAUUUUAAUAUGUUGUUACUGAUGACAAAAUGAAGGUCAAUUUCAAAUGAGGAUUUACACUUUUGACGUUCAGGACUUAUGGUCCUUGAUAGAUUGGAAAAUAGGGACAGAAAGUGGCAAAAAAGCCUGAAAGUGCCUUUCAAAAUACAGAAAACCCGGUUUGCUAUCAAUUUGACAGCUCAUUCCUUGCUUAAUUUACUUUGUUAAUACUUGUACUUAAUUGAAGACAUUAGAACUUUGCACAAAGUAGUUGUAAGACUUACAACUGUGUAAAUGUUAUACAUUGUUAUGUUACCUGUCAGUCUUAUGUGCUUUGUGAAACAAUAGUCAAGUUGUCAUCCACAAGUGGAUUAAGUUAUACCCACUUUAUCUAUUGUACUCCUUUUUUAGUAGAACAAGAACUUCCUUGAGUUUUGGAAAUUAUCCUGUUACAUUGCUAACAAUAAAAAAAAUCAUUCUUCUCUAUCACUUAAGUUUAUCAAGACAGAAAGCAAGUCAGGUAUUUUUAAAUAUGGACUGACAGUUAAGCACCUAUUAUCCAGUACUGUUAUAUUAAGUCUGACAAUCAGUGAUUAUACAUUUGUAUUUUUAUAAUUGUUUAUUUUUAUAACUUCAAAACUAUCCAAUUUAUGUGGCCAGAUUUAAUUAUGAUAUAGUAUAUUUACAAUUGUUCAAAAGUACAUUUUUAAAAGUCUUUCAAAUUAUUUAUUAUGAGCUUACCUUAUUAUCUGUUUACCUGAUAAAAUAUUUUAUAACCACUUUUGACCACCUUCUUUACAUUUAGAAAUAUUAUUCUGUAUUUAUGAUAUGCUUUAAAUGGCUGCUGAUUAAGAAAAGAAUUUUAUCUCAAUAAAGCAGCUAUAAAGCUGAUCAGCAGAAAAAAACCAGUAACAACAGUAAAAAUAUGUUCUAUUUGUUCUUAAACAUUGUUUAGUUAUAUUGAUGUGAAAAAUUCUUUGAUUCAAAGAUUCUUGUCUAUUAAUGUUUAAGUAUUUCCAUGUGACAGUUAUAAAUGUUAUUAUUAUUAUAUAAAAUAACCAAUAAUUUUAUGAGUUAUGUAUAAUAAUGGUGUAAACCUUUUAUUAUAUUGCUGUAUAUGUUGUUACUGAAAAAGACAGGAAAAUUAUUAAAAAUAAAAUUUAUUGUUGUAAGCAAAC